CUUGGCGACACCUGGAUCCCGGAGCAUCCCGGAGCAGUGCAAGCCGCCGGUAGGCCAGAAAAUUCAAGCGGUAUGAUAAGUUUUGCAGACCUGGCAACAACUUGAUCCCCUAGGAAAAUCCCAGCAUGCAGCGUACCGCACAGCUCCGCAAUCCCUGCUCAUUUUUCUCCUCUUCCGGAGAUGUUGAAGCAGAGUAUGGCGUUUCAGAAGCGCGCAGUGCUCUUCCAUAUCUGGCCCCAGACAUCCUGCAGCGAGUCUUUGCCAAAGUAGGGCCCCAUCCAAAAGACCUUGUCCCGUUAGGAGCAGUCUGCAAGGAGUGGCGUCAGAUCUUGGAUGACGUCACCUGGAAGGAGCUGUGCAUGACGCAUGCAGCAGGGCUGGUUGAGGAGCUGGGUUACUACGAUCCAGGGGCGGGGGAUCCCCCGGGCGGAUGGAGGGGGCUGUUCAAGCUGCUUGUCUACUGCCCGGGAAUUCUAUUCCCGACCUUCGAGCCGGUGUUGGAGUCUGACGCGCUAUGGGGACGGUACGAAUGGACCGAGUGCCGGGGGCACGUCGAAACAGAGCUGCCCAGAGGUUUCCACAGGGUUUCGCGGGAAGAAGCGAGACAGACCCUGUCUCUGGACGCUCGUUUUUGGGGAGACGAGAUCUUCGUCGCGCGCCGGUCGUACUGUGAGAGGUACCACCGCGCCGCGCUUCGUCGGGAAGGUACGCACGAGUAUGUGUCCCGGCCGCCCGUCCUGCCGUUUCGGGGCAUGCUCAGAAACUUUGAGCGCUCGGAGAUCGCUCAAGCGACCGGGGCAGCGGCGUGUCUGAACCGGAAGGAGAAGCUGGGUGAAGAGAACUUGGAUUGGGGGGGAGGGUAUGAGCUGUUUGAGGUGAAAGAUGAAGCCCCCGAUUUCGCUCAAGACACCAGCUUGAAUUCGGGAAAGGGGGAAAAUGAGGUCAGCUCGAAGGAGACGACAACACCAACAAGCGAGUACGAAGGAGUGGGAUACGGUAACUUUUCGGAGCUGGACGAAGACUUCGCCGCGGCUUGCCCCUACUGUGGCGCGCAGACAUUUCCUCUCCCCGACUCCUCCUUUAUCGGUCCUUACACAGCGGAAUCCUACGACCAUCUUCUGGCGGAUGUCAGGGCAGACAAUCCGGACGAGACAAACUUUGCCAACGGACGAUACAUGCUCAUGACCGGAUUCGUGUGCCUUUCCGGUCACCUUGUGCUCGGAAUGGCUGGCUUCCCCUGCAUCACACCGGUUUCCCCCGACCUGGAUCGCUCAGACUGGGACUGCUUUCGGUGUCUCCCGGCGAAGCUGCGGUUGGAUCCGGCGGAAGCCGUCGCUUUCGCGAUCCGCUUCAUGCUCGGAGAGCGGAGCUUCGACCCUGCAACGGAACGGCCGCUCGUCAGGGCUCUGACGCUAGAUCAGCUCAUACAGAUUGAGCGGAGACUCGCGGAGUUGAAGAGCGUCUGGCCCGUGACAGUAAUAGCUUCUCCGCUGAUUGGGGAUGUCAAGUAUUACAAAGCCUUCAAAGACUACUCCCGAAGCUUUAAAGUAGGGAGGCCAGAGGUGAGCGUGGUCAAAAUGCUAGACGCAGAUGAGCCGACCGCUUUCCUGGAGACAGUGCGGGCUUUCGUUGUGGCGGAGUCAGGCCCGAGCCUCGCCGAGUGGGAACGCUUGAUCUUGGAUGCAUUAGAGGCGCACGAGCGGGAAAGGAGCAUAAGGUUUGCCCAACUGGACAGAGAGCGCGAGAUUCACCUGGUGUUGUGCGGGGCCGGCUUCAACGGACCGCCCUUUCCCGACCAGCAGUCGAUUGACAAGUUUGUUCAGGACCCCGAAGCAACCUCCAUAACGGAAAUUCUCGCGGAGCAGACCCGCGUACUAGAGCAGAGCAAGUAGUGCCAAGUGGGUACAGGUGGCAAAGCCUUGUUGUGCAAAAGACUCGGCUAAGUACUGCCCAAUGGGGGAUGUGGAAAGAAAUGGCGCAGCCCGAGUCCCCCGCAUAUUGCCACUUUUAGAAGCAAUGAAAACCUGCAACGUCCAAACCUAGCCAUUCCAAGUAAACACUUUCACGUACGUCAUUUCCUAUACAUGUGGCUGUCAUGCAAUGGAUCAUGUAUAUCGAUGAGUCGAGUA